AUGAAAAUCGCCAUCCGUAUCCGUGAUAAGCUACCGCGGGAGGAGAGUUUGCCUUCUGUUAUUAAGAGUUAUUCAAAUGUUGAUGUGACGUUGUUUAAGGAGAAUAAUACGAAUGCUAUAACUACGGUAGAACCAACGUUUCAAUUCGACCAGGUAUUUGGCGAAAAGACGACCCAGAAACAAAUCUAUAAUGCGCUAGGUAGGGAGUAUGUGCUCAGAGCCUUAGAGGGUUAUCAUACAUGUAUUAUGACUUACGGCCAAACUGGCUCGGGCAAGACUUACACAAUGCUAGGGACUGAAAAGGAGUUGGGUCUCACCCCUCGUGUAAGUCUAGAGUUGUUUAAUGCUAUUAAUAUGUGCCAGGACUCGGAGUCUGAGGAUGGGGUAUCGGUUGAUUUCAAGGUAACGGUAAGUUACUUUCAGAUAUACAAUGAACAGGCUAUAGAUUUAUUGUCCGAUGAACAAACUGUAUUGAAAGUCAGAGAUGGCCCUAGAAAGAUAACUUUCAUUGAAGGUCUCAGCGAACAUUCUGUUGAGACAUGUGACGAGCUCCUGGCCUUCCUCGACAAGGGAUCGGCCCUUAGAUCUGUUGGGAGUACUUUCAUCAAUGAAAAGAGCAGCAGGUCACAUGCCAUAUUUACGAUUAAUAUACAGCAAACUGAGACAGAUGCUUUUGGGGAUAAAAUAGAGAGGAUUAGUAGCAUCAAGCUCGUCGAUUUGGCUGGCAGCGAGCGCGCUAAGGUCUCCAAGACCAGCGACGACAGAUUCAAAGAGGGUAAAAACAUCAACAAGUCACUGAUGACCCUAGGGAGAGUAAUCCAAAUGCUUUCCAGAAAAAAUAGGCCCAUGGGAGUGGCUUACAGAGAGUCCCUACUGACCAGGGUCCUAAGAGAGAAUUUGGAUGGCAACAGCAUCACUUGUAUACUAGCAUGUAUCUCACCGUGUGAGUACGAAGAGUCGUUGUCCACACUGCGGUACGCAUCAACGGCCAAACUAGUAAAAACUGAGGCUAGAGUAAACGCUACGCAUAUCUCUAAGGGCGAGGAGCACCUCUUCUCCCUCCAGAACCAACUUCAUGAUUUACAGACCACCCUAAAUCUUCAAACAGCACGGCUGGAGAACCAAAGAGUCUUGGAAGAGCAGAUAGAAAAGAUAAACGAGACAAACAGGUACCUCCAGAGACGUUUGGAGCAGGAAAACAAAGUUUGCACAAACCUGCGCAACCGCUGGUCAAAAAUCUGCUGGGAAUCGCGCCAGCUAGGAUCCGCAUUGCUACAGAUCGCGUCCGCGUCUGAAGCCGUCUCAACCCCACUCGGUUUUCAGUGGGAGCUAGUUUCCCUUCAGCAAGAUUGCGCAAAGUUCAAAACCGCCCUGCAAUCUGAUAAGCAACAUAUUCGAAAUAUACUAGACAAAUAUUCCCUACUUUAA